UCCACUGGUGACGCCCUGCUGCAGUUUGCAGGGGUGUGGCAUGUCACAGCCAUUGCUUCCAACUGCUCCAUCUUCCUGAAGAUGAAGGAUGGGAUGAAGUCAUCCGUGGCCAUCAUCAGCUUCACACCAGAAGGGGACCUGGCCAUGAAGUUGGUCUGGCCCCUGAUGGACAAAUGCCAAAAGUUUGAGCUGCUCUUCCAGCAGAGCGGGCAGGCAGGGCACUACAUGGGUGCACAAGAGAAGAGGAAUCUGAGUGUGAUGGAGACAGACUACAGCCACUACGCUGUCCUGCACGAGGUCCAGCUCAGCGAGGCAGAGCCCAGCACGGCACUGCAGCUCCUCACAAGGGAGCAGGACGUGAGCAGCCAGCUCCUGCAGAAGUUCAUGGAGCUCAUCCCCACCACGGGCCUGACCGAGGACAUGCUGGCCAUCCUGCCCAAGUCGGAUCAAUGUACUGGGGACAUCAGCUGAAGGACCAUGUGUCCUCCAGACCUAGUGGACGAUGGGCUCUGCACCCCACUCCAUGGUGCUCCUUCCCAUCCUCCAGGCUCUGCCAGACCCCCUGCUCCAUACCAGGAUCACCCUCAAUCUCCUAA